AUGUCUAUGUCUUCGGAUUAUGAAACUAUGAUAGAAGAAGAGAAUCGAGCCGAAGAUGAUAUAGGGCUUCGAGGUGGAGAACUUAAUGAGAAUAAUAGAAGUAAUUUAAGAGAUAUAUCACUACUGCAACGUAUGCUCAGUGCUUGUCUGGGGUCUGUAGUGACAUCGCUAGUCGUUACACCGUUUGAUGUUAUUCGUAUUAGAAUACAACAACAAGAAAUGCUACCAAAAGAUUCUGUUUGCUGUCAGUUUACGGUGCCUGAAGGUGGGAAGAAUACAUUAGCAAAGUCGUCAGCUAAGGUACUACAAACGGCAGGAACUACCAAUUCUUCUGAAUUAUUCUGGUUGGGAAAGAACUACUGCAAGAACGCAGAGAACUGUACGCGAGUGACUUCAACCUUUCAAGGCUUCGCUACAGUAAGCAAGAAUGAAGGUCUUGCAACUUUAUGGCGAGGAUUAUCAAUUAACUUACUUAUGGCCGUUCCGUCGAACAUUAUCUACUUUACUGGCUAUGACCAUAUCAGAGAUCACUCACCACUAUCUGAUCAUCCAUUAAAUCCCCUCUUCUGUGGUUCUUUGGCCAGAAUUUUGGCUGCGACCUUCGUGUCACCCUUAGAAUUAAUUAAGACAAGGUUGCAGUCAAUUCCCGCGGGGGUAGGAACAAAUUCAAACGUCAUGAAGGUUUUGUUAAAGGAUGUGUUCUUAUCAGCUAGAGAAAAAGGCAUAGGAACUUUGUUCACUGGUUUACAAAUAACUUUAUGGAGAGAUGCGCCGUUCUCUGGAAUUUAUUGGUCCUGCUAUGAACUACUCAAGGACAAAGUAUCUAAAACCAUCGGUGUUGACUUUGGUGGUGUCAAAAACUCGGUUGGCCAUGAUUGGAAAGUAUUCUCUGUUAGUUUCAUUUCCGGCUCAAUAUCAGGCUCAAUCGCUGCAUUUUUCACUCAUCCUUUCGAUGUGGGUAAAACUAGACUUCAAAUAACAAAUCAGCAACUCUCCAAAGGCAAGAAAGAACGAUCAAUGUUUUCCUUUUUAUUCAGUAUUUAUAAAAGAGAAGGCAUUGGUGCUCUAUACAGCGGAUUUGGUCCGAGGGUUUUGAAGGUAGCCCCUUCUUGUGCUAUAAUGAUUUCGUCAUAUGAAUUAAGUAAAAAGUUAUUCAAAAAUGGAAAUAAUUUUUCUUAA